UGUACGUGUUGCAGUGUGGGAUGCGACAGGUCCGGAGACUGUGGAGCGCGGCUGGAAGGGGCGGGGGGAAAGAAACUGUAAAGAUCAAAUUGGUUUAGAAGUGUGUUUUGUUUUCUGUUCUGGCAUUAGACCAUCGUAGUAGUAACUCAUUAAGUAUUGAUUGUGGAUCAGACAAGAAAAAACGAAAUCUGAUCAUCGGGGCAAUUUGAGAAAAAUGUCGGAAAAUCAACCGAAUAACCCGAACCGGGUGAGGAACAACAACCUGAACCCGAACCCGCUCAUCAAUGUCCGAGACCGGCUCUUCCACGCACUCUUCUUCAAGAUGGCCGUGACAUACGCCAGAGUGUUUCCCCCAUCCUUCCGCAGAAUGUUUGAGUUCUUCGUCCUCCUGAAGGCUCUCUUUGUACUUUUUAUUUUGGCUUACAUUCACAUUGCCUUUUCACGUUCUCCAAUCAAUUGCUUGGAGCACAUCCGCGAGAAGUGGCCACGGGAUGGAAUCCUCCGUGUGGAAAUCCAACGUAAUUCUACCCGUGCUCCCAUUUUUCUUCAAUUCUACGAAUCAGAUAAUUUUGCUGGCAUGGUGAAAGAGCCAGCAGAAGAUGAAGAAGAACUGACCGUAGAAAUGUUUGACAACAGCUCUAUACAGUUUGAGCUGGACAUAGAGCCUAAAGUGUUUUUAAAGCCUUCACUUGGAAAUAAAGCAGACGUCGUGACACAGGUGGUACAAAAUGAUAGCCAGGGGCUUUCAUUCACAGAGGCACCUAGUAAAGGUAUGCAGCCUCUCCAGGAAACAGUCUCUGAGUUUGAGAUGCUGACAAGAGCAGUUUGGCCACAAGAGGAGUACAUAGUUGAAUACUCAUUGGAAUAUGGAUUCCUCCGUCUAUCUCAGAGCACCAGGCAGCGCCUAAACAUCCCAGUUAUGGUAGUUACAUUGGAUCCAACAAAAGAUCUCUGUUUUGGAGACGGUUUUAGUCGGUUUCUUUUGGAUGAAUUUUUGGGUUAUGAUGACAUACUGAUGUCCAGUGUGAAAGCAUUGGCUGAAAAUGAAGAAAAUAAAGGGUUUUUGCGCAAUGUUGUAUCAGGAGAACACUAUCGUUUUGUCAGUAUGUGGAUGGCCAGAACCUCCUACCUUGCAGCUUUUGUCAUCAUGGUCAUAUUUACAUUGUCAGUUUCUAUGCUGUUACGUUACUCUCAUCAUCAGAUCUUUGUCUUUAUUGUUGAUUUGUUGCAGAUGCUGGAGAUGAACAUGACCAUUGCAUUUCCUGCAGCUCCCUUACUUACAGUGAUACUCGCAUUAGUUGGGAUGGAAGCCAUCAUGUCAGAAUUCUUCAAUGACACAACCACAGCAUUUUAUAUUAUUUUAAUUGUCUGGCUGGCAGACCAGUAUGAUGCAAUUUGCUGUCACACUAACACGGGCAAACGACAUUGGCUCAGAUUCUUUUACCUGUACCACUUUGCCUUUUAUGCAUAUCAUUAUCGUUUCAAUGGCCAGUACAGCAGUUUGGCUUUGGUAACGUCUUGGCUGUUUAUACAGCAUUCAAUGAUAUACUUUUUCCAUCACUAUGAGUUGCCUGCCAUCCUUCAGCAGAUUCGCAUUCAAGAGAUGUUACUACAGAACCAACAGGCUGGCCAAGCCAACCAGACAACUCUCCAGGAUAACCUCAACAACAACACUGCAACAGAAAGUGUUCAACAGAACCCCACGGAUCCAGGCAAUCUUCUUGAAUCUACUCCUGGUCCAGCCCAGUUAAACGAUGCUCCCAGCCUAGCAGAUAGCAUUCAGCCUGUUCGUAUGCAGAAUGCAAGCCUUGAGGUGACCCCAUUAAGUGGUGAUCUGAAUUGGGUGGCAGAAACAGCAGCUAUCAUAUCAGAAGGCAUUGCAGCUCCAGAAAGGAAUACUUCUGCCCGGAGCUCCAACAAUAUGAAUGAAACAUUAAGCAGUGAUGGUUCAAAUGUCCCAAAUGCUUCUAGUACCGUUGAACAUGCUCAACCUAGUUUAAGUUCUGAAGAAAGUAAAGCUGUGCCUUCACACAGUGAUGAUCUUCAAACAACAGAGGACCUCAGCACAAUUAAUUCUUGUGCAACUGAGAACCAAGAGGCAGUUCUCAUUAAAACUGACCACCAGGACUUGUGUCCCACACAAGACAGUAAGACCUAUGUGCAUUCAUCUCUGCGUGCUAGUGAUGUUAGUUUUGACCAAUCAGAAAUGGACCGUGAACACCUGUCUAAUAUUUCGAAUAGUUCAGACACAGAGAGAAAUGAUCACAGCAUUUCGUGAACCUCCUAACAUCUUUUGCUGUUCAGUCUGGCAGUUUAUUAUCAGAAAGCCCUUUUAAAAUGUUCACAAAAAAUGUAUCAAUAAGUGUGAGGGAUAUACUAUUACAUCAAGCGUUUUCAUUUGUAAAAGCAAAAUAUCCCUCGGCUUUCAAUUGGUUUCCAAAACAAAUGGAGGGCAAGGAGCAGCAUCCUGUUCAGUGAGCAUUAGUGGUCUGAGCUCAGUUGGAACGAUAACUCCUCCAAUCAGUCACCCUGCCCCUAAUCUUCAGCACAGCUGUGUGCUUAACUAUUACAUAAGUGCAAUGAAAUACUAUCAGUCUAUAAAGACAGAGAAAGACCACCAAAAAGAAAGAACUCACAGCUGGUUACCCAAAAAAAAGGCAAGUGUGGGAAUGGCGAUAGAAGAUGCUUGUUCCUUUGAACUCACAGCAUAUAUGUAAGUUGCUUCCACGGUGCAAUAAUUUGAUGUGUAUUGAUUCAAUUCUGCAAGGUCUUAUUACCUGAAAGACUUUCAAGUCUUGGUUCUUGAACUGGUGCCUACAUACAGAAGAAAUUUGAAUGAUACUAAUGUAGAAAUUCCAGUAGUUUCUAAUAAACUUUAAACCUAACUAAUUUGGAACUGAUUCUGAUAGAUUUUUCAGUUACUAUAUUGUAUUUAAGUGUAAUGUAAGAGUUUCAGUCUUUGUAUAUAUUAAAAUAAAUGAGAUCUGAAUA